AUGUAUAUCAAUCUUUUGACGACGGCUAGUCUUUGCGCUGUGGUGCUUGCGAGCUCGCAGUUGGAUAGACGGCAGGAUGUUGAUACCUCCGCAAUAGCCUCCAGCAUCUCCUCUCUUUCUUCCGCCCUCCAUCCCAACCCAUCCCUCGCCGCCCAACUAACCAGCAUCCCCACCUCCGUCCUCGCUCUCCAAUCUUCUCCCUCGGGCUUCGCACAACUCGAACAAGAAUUCCUCACUUCCAUCCCCGCUUGGUACACUUCUCUCUCCCCCGCCGCUCAAAGCUACAUCGUCAGCGCCGGCCCCGCAAAAGCCAGCAUCUUCUCUCUCGAAGCCCUCUUAUCCGGCGCAUCCGCCCCCGCUACCACCUCCGCCCCCGCAGCCCCAAGCAUCACCGGUUUCCUCACCGGCAUCAUCAACGGGACGACCGCCACCCUCGUCCCGAUCACGGGCUCCGGAGGCCUGACGAUCGCGAGCGGAAAUAGUACGGUCACGACGAAGAAAUUGAGUGCCACGGCGACGACCGAGACGGAGACGGAAGCGAAAACUACGGAGACGAGCGCGAAGACGACGGAGACGGGGAAGAAUGGUGGCGGGACGCCGAGUCCGAUUGAGAGCUCGAGUAAGGGUGGAGCGGCCCAGAUUACGGGGGUGUUGGGUGGGGUGGUGAUGGGCGCGGUGGGGUUGGUGUGGGUUUUGUAG